AUGUUCUCAAGACUACAAGUAUUAAUUCAACACAAGUAACAGCCAAUUCUCUCACCCCUCGAGAUUAAGGGCGACAUUUUCGUGAACAAGACCAAGCGAAGAGCCUUCUCAGAGGAAAACGAUAGUCUAGCUUUGGAAAACUACAGCCAAAAGCAAGAUGAAACAUCUACAAUGGGUUCAUCAUCAGUUAUGCUGACUGAAUUCAUGCAAGAACUAGUCAAGCUCCCCGAAUUCGAAGAUGAAGACAUCAAGAACAUUAAGAUCUCAGUCUGA